AUGAAUUAUUCAUCAAAUGAUUCAAAUGGUUUUCAACAACCAAUGGUCCACGGACCAGAGUACACAAUGCCAAAGAUAUUGGACUAUCUACAGACAGAAUGGUAUAAAUAUGAAGUAGAUAGAUCUCAUUGGGUUAGUGAGAAAUCUGAUUUAAUCUUGGAAUCUGAAAGAAAGACACAAGAAUCAAUCAAGAAUGAUUUAUUUAGACGAGUUAGAAUGUUAGAGUAUGCUCUACAUCAAGAGAGAUUAAAGAACAAUCAAACCUAUCGAGACCAAUACAAAGAUAACAAACAGCAACAACAACAAACCAUCGAAAAAUCAGAACAAUUAACAACUACUCUAAAGAGUCAAUCACAAAGUAAUCUAACGAGAGAUAGAAUCAGAAAAUAUCUAAAAUCAAUGGAUAUCAAUGACUUUAUUGUUAGUAAACCUCAUAGUAAUGCCAACAACAAUACUGGUAAUGGAAUAGAGUAUAAUAAUGGAAUUCAUAGUAAUACAUCUCAUCAACAACAACAAGUUGAUGAAGAAGAUGAAGGACCAACAACUGCUAUAAUGGAUGUAUCUGCGUUAAAGAAACUACAAGCAUUACAUCAACAACAACAACAACAAGCAGAAUCAACAAAACAAAAAUUACUUGAAGAAGUUGGUCCAAAUGGUGGUGGUGGUGGACAUAUCAAUGGAGGAUUGGGAUUAGGAUUAGGAGGAAUACCAGAGUCAUUAUCAGACUUGGCAUCAUCAUUGGAUUCUCUAUCUAGUGAUAUUGCUGGAUCGAGUGUAGAGUCUUUGGAUCAAUUGGAAAGUCUAAGAAAUCAAUUCAACGACUCUUCCGAUAGUUUCAACAACGCAGCUGGAACCUCACCUGUUGAUUCAAAUGAAUCACUCUCUUCUUUACUUUCAAAGAAACAAUCAUCUUUUGAACAUCAACAACAAUCAUCAUCAUCAACAAUUGAUAAUAAUAGUGUAAUAGAUAAUAACAGUGUAAUUCAUAGUAGUAAUAAUAAUAACAAUAAUAAUCAAACAUCAAGUAAUAAUGAACCAUCAUAUGAUUCACUUAAUGAGGACUUUUUCAAUAAACUUUCAUCAAACUCAAAGGGUAGAAUGAAAAUCAAGGGAUUAAAUAAUAUUAAAUUUGGAAUGGAUGAGGAUUCAUCAUCAUCACAAGGAGGAUCACUUGGAGGAGGAUCUUCGACUGUAAAGAAAAAGGGUGGUACUCUGACACCGGUGGGCAGUCUUAGCAAGCGCACAGGCAAGAGCUUGUCGCAGUUUGGCGCACAGGAUUUAAGCGAUCUCAAGUUGGACGAUAGUAGCAUUGGCAGUGGAGGAGGUAUGAUGCGUGGAGGCAGUGGCAUUUUCAGCUCUAGCACGGGUAUGGCCGACUCUUCUCGCACCUGGAGAUUCAGAUACACUUUGAAAUCACAUUUGGAUGGCGUGCGAUCGAUCUCAUUUGACAGCGACAAUCUCCUCGUCAGUGGGUCUGAGGAUCAUACGGUAAAGGUAUGGAAUCUGCAGCAGUUGGUACCCACCACCAAAAAGGCAUCGACUGUUGAGGUGGAACCAAUCUGCACGAUGCGUGGACAUCAAGGCCCGGUGUUUACCGUUGCAUUGGCCGACAAGUACAUCUACUCUGGUGGCUCAGACUGCAUCAUCAAGCAGUGGGCAAUGCCCGCACCCGACGCUGACCCCUAUCACGGAUAUGGAACCGUGUCCCCACACUUGCGUGGUGAUCUUGUCGGUCACACUGACGCUGUCUGGCAUGUCAUCACUACCCCUGGUGGGUCAGGACGUGUCAUCUCGGCAUCGGCCGACGGCACUAUACGUGUAUGGGACAAUAACCGCGAAGUACGUCGCUUCACCACCGAGACACGCGGUGUCGUUCCCACGAGCAUAUCCGUGUCCGAGUCGGAACCCAACCACCUCUUUAUCGGCUACAGCGACAGUGCAUUGAGCGAGAUUGAUAUUGAAGCCGGACACAUUGUGCGUCAGUACAAGACGGGCAACACAUUUGCCAGCGCUGGCGACGAGCAGAUCAACAAGGUCCUCGCACAUCCCUUCCUCCCACUGGCCAUCACCGGUACCGAAGACAAAAAGAUUGAGUUUUGGGACACUGCCAGUGGAGAGAUUGUCCAUUCGAUGGUUGCACACUCUGACGCCAUUACAUCGCUGGCUAUCGACCCUUCAGGACUGUACUUGGCCAGUAGUUCACAUGAUCCCUCUGUACGUUUCUGGGAUAUUGCAAGCAAAACCUGUUUGCAGGAUCUUAAUUCACAUCGACCUAAAUACGACGAAUCUACUCAUUCUAUAGCUUAUCAUCCAACCAAAGGUUAUUUUGCAUCAAGUGGUGCUGAUUCUGUCAUUAGAAUACAUCAAUAA